AUGCCAAAAAAACAAAAUUAUCCUUUAAAAUUAUCUGGCGAUGAGCUUAGUGGUAGCGAGAAAAUUUUAUUCAGAGAAGCAAAUAAAUACCUUUCUUGUUGUGAAGAUUGGAAUUUUAAAAACUUUUUAAAAUAUCUUAAUACUAAAAAACGCGUAAUGAAGUUCGCGUUGGACACUAAAAAAGAAUUAUACAUAAUGCUUAUCGAAAUUCGUCUCCAAGAGGAAAAGGUGAACUCCAAGGAAUUUUUAAAGAAAUCAAUUCCUAACGAUUCACUUGGUAAUAAUAACGUUAGAAUUGGUAGACAAAACUACCAACAUAUAAAAGCGAAAG